AUGGAUGAAACAAGCUUUAAACCCGAGAACAACCUGCCACAGAUCAGCCAGAGGAGAGUCCUGUAUCUGCCCCACAGAUCCUCGAGCGCUGGAAUAACAUCUCCUCCACAAAGCACCUCGAGCCAAAUCUCCACUUUAGCCACGAGAGCCCAGGGCAGCGGCGUGAAAUACGGGCUCACAGACAGACGAGGCUACGCGCUAAUUGACCUGUGCUCGGGCUCACUUCACCGCAGGGAGACGGAGAAAAUUAAGACUAUGCGCCCAGGGCAAGCUCACUUCCUCCAGCCCCAUUACCCCAGUGUGAGGAGGAGGGGGGGUAUCCUUGACAAGUCCUCCACCACUAGCCCCUGUCGCUAA